CGGGCGUCGGAGGCGGCGGGAGGGGCCGCGGGGGCAGACAAAGCCGCGGCGGCUAAUGAAUGGAAGAAGCGCGUCCGCCUGCGCGGUCCGUAAUCUGUACCGGGCGGGAGCCGCGCCGCCCGAGCCCGGCGCCCGCGGUAAUGCAGAAGGACCAUCAAAAUGGCAACAACCCCGCUUCCAGGACAACGAGAGCGUCUGCGCGGUGUGAGUUUAUGUCGGCACCACAAAGGGCUUCACAGAGCUCUUGGAAAGCGAUGGCCUGCGCCCUGAGACGGUGCACUUACGAGUUACAGCCUCCAUUUUUCAGUAAGGUUUAUGAUUAGCCGUUUUCAUAAACAUCCUGAAAGAUGCAAUUACUUAGAAAACACUGAAGAUACCAUACAUUUGGGGACACGGAUGAGUGUUCGUAUUUUUUUUUACUAAACACAGGUAUCAGCACGAUGCCACAGCCAGAAUAGUUAUGGUCAGUCAUGGAGAAUAACCAAGAAACCCAUCCCAAAGGGGGUGGUGAUUUUGUUUCGGAUAAAAUAAAUAUUAAAGUAGAAGAGGAGGAAGAUGAUCAAAUGCCGAAUCACAAUUCAGAAAGAAUGGAUUUUAAAAUUGAACAAGAGGACAGGAAAGCAGCCGACAGUGGCGAUGAACAGGCAGAGAUCAGAGAAGCGAGCUACAGCUGCAGGCCGCCGGGGAAGGGUUUCCCCACUGACCACGAGGAUGACUAUGGGGCUCUCUUCUCCCAGUACAGCAGCACCCUGUACGACGUCGCCAUGGAGGCUGUGACGCAGAGCCUCCUAUCCACCCGCAACAUGAGCUCCAGGAAGAAGUCUCCAGCCUGGAAACACUUCUUCAUCUCUCCGCGGGACAGUACGAAGGCGGUGUGUGUGUACUGCAUGAAAGAGUUCAGCCGCGGCAAGAACGAGAAGGACCUGAGCACGAGCUGUCUCAUGCGGCACGUGAGGAGGGCGCACCCCACGGUGCUCAUCCAGGAAGACGGCAGUGUGUCCACCCUGGCCACCCUCUCUUCCCCUGCCCUGCUGCUCCCGUCACAGCCUGCACACGUUGGAGAAAUGGGCACCAUACUGUCACCCGUCAAACUUGUGCAGAAAACAGCCUCCAAGAUCCCGUCUCCCGAUCAAGUGACAGAGGAACCUGUGUCCGUUGUGUCUUCUGAAGAGGUCUCCUCCGACUUGUCCAUCUCUGAGAAAUACAGCAGGGAAGAAGCCCACGUGGCGCCACCUCCAUCCCUCCCCAUGCCCCAGUAUGAGGAUACUGCAGAGAAUGGGCCAGAGAAGAGCCUCCCACUUCCGAAGAGUACAUCUGGGUCCCGAAGGUGGUCUGCGGUCUGGAAGCACUUCUACUUGUCACCUCUGGACAGCUCCAAGGCUGUUUGUAUUCACUGCAUGAAUGAGUUCAGCAGAGGGAAGAACGGGAAGGACCUGGGCACCAGCUGCCUCAUCCGGCACAUGUGGCGGGCACACCGUGCCAUUGUGCUACAGGAGAAGAGCGGAGGCGCGGGCAUGCCGCCCCCAUACCCCGCAACACCCGCCCUGCUGCCCUCUCUCCCGCCUCCCGACGGAGAACCAAGAUCUGUGUCCUCAUCGCCAGGGAAGCUGGUAAAGGAGUCCCCCUUGACAUCCUCUUCCCCUGACCGGCUGGCUGAAGACAUGGCAACACAGGUGAACCCCGGGGAUGGGCUGAUGGAAGACUCAUCUGUGCUGUCAUCCUCUGAUGAUGUUGGUGAGGCCUCCUUGGUGUCCUCGCCUGAGAAGCAGAAGGGCGAUGGGUCCAGCCUUCCCAUGUUCGAGUCUGGUGCUGUUUUCCAACAGAAUAAAAAGGUGAUGAAGAGACUGAAGUCGGAGGUUUGGCAUCACUUUUCACUGGCCCCCAUGGACAGCCUGAAGGCAGUGUGCAGGCACUGUGGUUGUGUUAUCAGUCGGGGGAAGAAGGGCGACGUGGGCACCAGCUGUUUGAUGAGACAUCUCUACAGACGCCACCCGGAAGUUGUUGGCAACCAAAAGGGCUUACUGGGGGACAGUUUCGGAAAUUCUUCAUAUGACACCGUGGCUUCCACCGAAAGAUCCUCCUCCAGAUUGACUGGCUUGCCAACAGCGGUCCCCAAAAGCAAUCCAGUUCUAGUUCCCGUUCACAGCAAGAAGACCUCCAAGCUGUGGAAUCAUUUUUCUGUCUGCUCUGCAGACCCCACUAAAGUCGUGUGCUUGCACUGUGGCCGGACAAUAAGCAGAGGGAAGAAGCCAACUAACCUGGGCACCAGUUGUCUUCUGAGGCAUUUACAGAGGUUCCACGGCAGCGUGCUGACGACCGAUGUCCCCAAGACCGCGCUGCCCUCUCCUCCAGGCGUCCGUGUGCCCCUGAGUGCAGAACUGUCAGGAGCUUCCUCCUUUGAUGACACCGAUGAGAAGUUUUAUGAUUCUCAUCCAGUUGCCAAAAAGAUAACAAGUCUCAUAGCUGAAAUGAUUGCACUUGACCUUCAGCCAUAUUCUUUUGUAGACAAUGUUGGCUUUAACAGGCUGCUCGAAUACUUGAAACCUCAGUACUCUUUGCCCUCCCCUUCCUACUUCUCCAGGACAGCUAUCCCAGGAAUGUACGAUAAUGUGAAACAGAUCAUUAUGUCACACCUUAAGGAGGCGGAGAGUGGCGUGGUCCACUUCACAUCUGGGAUAUGGAUGAGUAACCAGACCCGCGAGUACCUGACACUCACUGCUCACUGGGUCACCUUCGAGUCAUCGGUCCGGCCGCACUGUGAGGACCACCACUGUUCGGCCCUGUUAGACGUGUCACAGAUUGACUGCGACUACAGCGGCAACAGCAUUCAGAAGCAGCUGGAAUGUUGGUGGGAGGCCUGGGUGACAUCCACUGGUCUUCAGGUUGGCAUUACGGUGACCGACAAUCCCAGCAUAGGAAAGACGCUGAAUGAAGGGGAGCACUCCAGCGUGCAGUGCUUCAGUCACACGGUGAAUCUCAUUGUCAACGAGGCCAUUAAAAGCCAGAGAAUGGUCCAGAAUUUACUGAGCAUCGCUCGGAAGGUAUGUGAGCGGGUGCUUCGAUCGCACAAAGCAAGGGAGAAGCUGGCAGAGCUGCAGAAGGAGUACGAAUUGCCACCACACCAUCUCAUUCAGGACGUCCCAUCCAAAUGGAACACGUCGCUUCACAUGCUGGAACGGCUCAUUGAACAGAAGAGGGCAAUUAACGAGAUGUCCGUCGAGUGUAACUUCAGAGAGUUGAUCAGUUGCGACCAGUGGGAGGUCAUGCAGUCUGUGUGCCACGCGCUGAAGCCCUUCGAUGCCGCGAGUCGGGAGAUGAGCAGCCACAUGUCCACCCUCAGCCAGGUCAUCCCCAUGACCCACAUCCUGAACAGGAAAGUCGAGAUGCUGUUUGAGGAGACGAUGGGCAUCGACACCAUGCUGAAGUCUCUGAAGGAAGCCAUGGUGAGCCGACUGUCCGCCGCCCUCCAUGACCCCAGGUACAUCUUCGCUACACUGUUGGACCCUCGUUACAAAGCCUCCCUGUUCUCCGAGGAGGAGGCGGAGCAGUAUAAGCAGGACUUAAUCAGGGAACUAGAAAUGCUGAAUUCUACCUCAGAGGACACACCAGUCUCCAAUGGGUGCGAUCCAGGCUCUCCAUCCAGAGACUCCAGUGGGGACGAGAGCCUGUGGUCACUCAUGGCCAAGAUAAAAAAGAAAGACCCGAGGGAAAAGACGAAGGUGCCUGAGGCCAUGGUGCUCGCGUACCUGGAGGAGGAGGUGCUAGAACACAGCUGUGACCCGCUCGCCUACUGGAACCUAAAGCGGUCAGCCUGGCCGGGCCUGUCGGCCUUGGCCGUCAGGUUUUUGGGCUGUCCCCCAAGUAUCGUCCCUUCAGAAAGGCUGUUCAGCACACCCACCGAGAACGGUAGCUUCGGCCAGUCCAGGCUCAUGAUGGAACACUUUGAAAAACUUGUCUUUUUAAAAGUGAACCUUCCCUUAAUAUACUUUCAGUAUUGAAGUCACAAGGGAGCCACCAGGCUAAAGGUGAUGUUGCUCAUUAGGCGCCAGCUGCUUGUCGCGGCCUGGUGGCUUGCUGCAGUUGGGGCCGGGGAGGACAUCAGGCCAGGCACUCUCAGGUCCCUGCUGAGUUUCCCUUCCAGACUCACUGUAAUGUCUACAUGUGCCUUACUCCUAGUCCUUCAGGCCAGGUACAUGAUGUAUUUCUUAAGAAGCCACUAGAAAUAGCCUGUCUCGUCAAUUAUGAAAUAUGAUGAUUAGGUUUUAAUCCGUAACUGUAAAGUUUUUUAAAAGCUGGGGUAGCAAUUUGUUUUACUAGAAUGAUGUAGAAGAUGUAAACAAUUUUAUUCUGUACUUUUUUUAUUCAAUUAUGUAAAAACCACAAAUCAGGUACUGUAUUUUAGUGAAAAAUGCUUUUAUUGCAAGAAAAAAAUGUGGGUGUCCAAUAAAAUCUGUAAAGUGGAGGUGGAGCUGAAGCCAUCCUAACUGAGCAGUUUUUAACUGCAGCUGUAAUGUAUGUUUGGAGUGUAGAGAAUAUGUUAGAAGAUCGCUGGUCACUACAACGGAGAUGUGGCAUUUAGAGAGACAGCUAAACUUACAUGCAUCAUGGAAUGUCAGUUACGUGGUAGUCGCUAAGGAGACCUUCCCCACACUCUUUGCGUUCAGGUUUCACAUUGUCACUUAACUCGGAGACGUCCUGACCGUUUAUAAUGAGCCCCUUGCUGCCUCUUGUCCGGCCAGCGCACCGCACGGCACGUUUACAGCAGUCCUGGCGGUUAGACCUCCACGCCUCUGACUUAGUGUCUCUGCUCUCGGAAGCUCUUUUGACAUUUGUGUAGUGAUCCCCCCAUCUGAUGAAAUCACGCAUACAGUUCUUUGUAGAAGAGGUGGCUGAUUAACAGGGAAGAAGGUAACCGGGAAGAAGGUGGUUAUAUUACAAUUGUGAGAAUAGCCUUAGGUGUUUAGAUCUUUUUGUAAUAGGGAAGACUCAGCCAUCACGGGUAUUUUAGAAUCCCGAGGACAUCGGA